AUGUCUUCAGCAGCAGCUGUAAAUACUUCAAAGAAUAUUUUAAAGUUGGGAAAUAACUUGCUCAAACAACAAGCACAGAAAUGGACGAAAGAAGAGAUUGCAGAGACUGGUCGUAUUGAGAAGGUACUCGAUAUGAUGGUACGUGAAAUGCGUUCCAACAAUGGCUGUGAUAUAUCAGGAAAGGAUAGAUCUAUAGAGGCCGAUGGAAUCAUCUCAGCAUGUUUACAACAUGAAAACGAUCAUCUCUUGGGAAGAGUAUUCAUCGAGCGAUUAAAGAAUGGUGUCAACGAUUUGGUGCAUGUAGACGAAAUGAAGCAUGAAGAUUUUAACGAAAUAUUUACAUUAUCAGGUCUUUGCAGUAGGAGUAAAGCAUUAUCUUAUAUAGGUAUCAAUAGAGUAACUGUUUUGGGUCAAAAAGUAUCACCAAAAACUAAAGUUAAUGUAGAGGAUGUUAGAAUCAUGGGAAAAAAGUUAGAGAAUACAAAUCCGUAUAUAUUGUAUUAUUAUUAUUAUUCAAAAAGAUUAACUAUUGCAGUACAUAAACCAAAUGGUUAUAUUUGUUCGAAUGCAAGAGAAGGAGACCAUAAGAUUAUUUAUGAUUUACUACCACCAGAGUUUGCAAAGAGAUUACCAACACUGUCGGUGGCAGGUAGACUCGACAAGUGGGUCACCGGUUUGGUAUUGAUGAGUCAGGACGGAAAGAUAGUGGAGCGUAUCAUCACACCAAAAGACGAUUCAUUCGGUAAGAUCUACGAUGUCGUUUGCAAGGCACCGUUCAAAGGCAACGAAGCAGAGGCAUUCGAAUCCGGUACUAUGAUGUUGCGAAGUGAGGAGGAACCAUGUAAAGCUGCAAAGUUUGAAGUGUUGGAUAACGAUAGGAACUUGGCGCGUCUCACUCUCUACGAAGGUAGAUAUCAUCAGGUGCGUAGAAUGAUGGCUGCUCUCGAUAAUAAGGCAAUGGAAAUUCAUAGAAUCAAAGUGGGUCCCAUCGAUUUGGGCGAUCUACCCGCUGGAAAGUGGCGUUAUCUGACGGAGGAGGAGAUGGAAAAGAUCAAAGCUAUACAGGUCACCAAGUCGGCGCUGACCAAGAAGAAAUACAACAAGAAGAAGCUAGAUAAUAGUAGAGCUGAUGCCGGUGAAGAUGAUAUCGAUGAGGAUGAUGAAGGAAUGGAUGAUAUAGAUGAAGAUGAAGAGGAUGAAGGCGACGAUGACGAUUUCAAUGAAGACGACUUUAUGGAUGAGCUAGAGAAGGAGGAUUUGGAGAAACAACGAAAAUCUAAAUCCAAAGAGGUGUACGAUGCAGAAUAUAAUAGAAAGUUACAGACAUUGAUUAGAGACGAGAAGAUUCAGAGUGGUUUGAUUGGUGUUUCCGCGGAAGAGGAAGAACAGUCACCGGCUGUUGUACCCGAAGGAGUGGAUCCAAGAGAUCUCAUUACCAACGAAGAAGUACAAGAACAACUCAGAAAGGCUAUCUUGGCAAAGAGAAGCAAUGUAAGAUUCAACAAACGUGGUGAAGUCAUGGGAAUGUUUGAGAGAGAGGAAGAUGAAAUUACAGAGACAGAUGCAAGUCGUUUAAUCGAAGAGGAUUCAGAGUAUCAAGAGUUCCUCAAGGAAGAUGAUCAAGACGACCAAGACGAUCAGUUUUUCGAUGGAUUCUCAAAGAAAGACGGUGAAGACAUGGAAGACGACGAUGACAACUUGCUGAGUGGUUUGAAUACCAGGGAUAGAACAAUGUACAAAAACUCAUUGCCAUCGAGCAAAAAGAAAUCAAACAAGAAGAAUUUUGAAAAAGAAAUCAACAAAAAACAACUCAGAGACAAACUUAAAUCAAGAAGAAACAAAUAA